AGCUACAUUUGUAUGUGUUUCAAGGUUACUGAAAUCUUUUAGGUAUGGCUCAAUUUGCUUUCAAGUCCUGCGACAUCUGCAUGAGUGGACCGGGAAAAAGCUGUUGUAAACAAUGCAACCAGUGGCUGUGUGAUUAUUGUAAAACUUUACAUUUAAGGUCAAAGAUAAGUAGAAAUCAUACCUUUUUUAGUGGGGAAAGUAUCAACCCGGAUGAUAAUCUGUCAUGCAGAGAACACGAGGAAAACUUCAUAUUUUACUGCAUUGAUUGUGAAAUACCAAUAUGUAAAAUGUGUAUCGUCAACAAACACAAAAAGCAUGAUACGUCAGAAAUCAACGAAUCGAUUCAAGGAUUACAGGCUGAAGUUAAACAGGUAACUGAAUCAAAGAUUACAUCAGCUAAAACAAAUUUAAACAAAAUUAAACAAAGCACAGACAAAUACCAUAGCGACAUUAUAGAAGCUCUCCGUGCCAUUACAGAAGAUGGAAAUGAGAUAAAACAAGAGGUAGACCAACAAAUAUUAGCUCUGAAAGAAUCAUUGGAAAAAGUGGAAGCUGAAAACAUUCAAGCAUUAGAACCUAUUAGGAAUGAGUUACAAAAUGAUAUUGAAAAGUUAGAAAAAUGUCAGAACGACUUAGCCGAAAGUCAGAAAAUAACUGAUAUUGCUGAACUGCUGAAAUCAUUAAAACAAAUUAAGUCCGAUAUAGAUGAUACAAAACAAAAAGAGCCACCAAUAAUGCCAACAGUUAAAUAUGCCAAAAAGGAUAGACCAGAGAAAAAAAUACUUAAGUAUUUUGGAGAGAUAUCAGUCAAGGAAAUAAAGUACAGUACUACUCUACAAAAGAGCCAAAGCGAGCAGAAUCAGGUGAUGACUACUGGAAGUCUGGCGAAGUUCACAAUGCAACAACCACCUCCACCACGACCACAACCACCACAACCAUCAUCACCACCUCCACCACAGCAUCUACAACCAUCAACACCACAGCAAUUACAACCAUCAACACCACCAUCAUCACAGCACUCCAAACCACCACCUCUACCACCUCCACCACGACCACAACCACCACAACCAUCAUCACCAUCACCACAACAGCAAGCACAACCAUCAUCACCAAAACCACCACAGCAACCCCAAUCACCACCUCCACCACGACCACUACCACCACAACCAUCAUCACAACCACCACAGCAGCAACCACAACCAUCAUCACCACAACCACCACAGCAACCCCAAUCACCACCUCCACCACGAUCAAUACCACCAAAACCAUCAUUACCAUCACCACAACAGCAACCAUACAAACAUCAGGAUCGGUGAGCUUUUAAUGUUGAUUGGAUCUUUUGAUAAUCGAGUUCAUUUAGAAGAUCAUUUAAACAGAAAAUGAACAGUUUCGGUCAUAGCACACACCUUGUUUAACUACAAUCGUUUAUUUAAAUAAAUUGAAGAUUCCAUUUUGGAAUAUAAUUCAAAUACAUUUUUUUAACUAUAGAAUGUUCGGGUAAACUAUAAAAAAAAUAACAUAUCAUGGACAAUAUCAGAGGCCUUUCGUGUAAAGAUUAAUGAUUGGUGCAAACACCUUUUUUUUUGUGUGUUUGUCUUAUAUCCUACCAAAAAUUGAUUUAAACGAGAAAAUGUGUUGUGCUAUUCCAGACUUUUCUUUGAAGCUUCUUCA